AUGAAUACAAUUGGGGUGGUUAAACUUGCUUUGAAUAAAGUCUUUUUUUAUUCAAUUUAAUUAUCCAUUAAUUUAUUGAUGAUAACGACUGCAUCUUAAAAUAUUACUAGCUCAAUAUAAGAGAAAUUAAUGGAGGAACGCAAGAGAUGUAUUUAGUUUGAAUUGAACAUUUAGUGAUAACAUCGUUUGAAUAAAAAUUCUUAGGGGAAGAAUAAGCACGAUAAGCAUAAUAUGCAGAUCAAGCUACUUAUAAUGGCUAGAUGAAUGAGAAAUAAAAUAAAUAAGGAGUAGGAAAAUACUUAUUUCCAAAUGGAGAUGUGUAAUAAUAUUGGUGAUGGUUUUUAGGUACAUAGGACAGUGGUCUAACGAUCUGUUCAACGGAGAAGGCGUUUAUUUAUUCAACAAUGGAGAAAGAUAUGAGGGACAUCUUUUAAAUGGUAAAAAGCAUGGGGUUGGAAUCUAUUAUUAUGCAAAUGGUAAUAUGUAUAAUGGUGAAUGGAUCAAUGAUUUGAAACAUGGAAAAGGAAAAUAUAAUUAUUAUUUAUAAGGGGAAACAUAUGACGGGGAAUGGUAAUUUGGAGAGAGGCAUGGAAGAGGAACAUAUCUCUAUUCAUUAGGAGAUAAGUAUGACGGUCUUUGGGAAAGAGGACUGAAAUUGGGUAGAGGAUUAGUAGAGUUUGCAUCUGGAGCAAGAUAUGAGGGUUAAUUCGCAAGUGAUAAAGCAACAGGCUAGGGAAUUAUGAUAUAUGUUAAUAAUGAUAAAUAUGAAGGAUAAUGGAAUGAUGGUUUAAAACAUGGUUUUGGAAUGUAUACAAUGGCAGAUGGAUCUAGAUAUGAAGGCAAUUGGAUGAAUGAUGAAAGAGAAGGAUAAGGAAGUUUUCUAUAUGCUUCAGGUGAUAAAUAUGAAGGCAUGUAUAGUAAAAAUGUCAAAAGUGGAUACGGAACUUAUAUUGCUUCAAAUGGUGAUCGAUAUGAAGGAGAGUGGGCUAAUGAUAAAAGGCAAGGAAAUGGAACAUUAUAUAUGGCAAAUGGAGAUAAAUAUAUAGGAGAGUGGAAGGACGGUGAAAAGUCUGGAAAAGGAAUUUAUUAUUUUUCUCAUGGUGAUACUUAUGAUGGUAAUUAUGGAUCUAAUUAUUUAGGUUAUAAAGUUGCUUGCUUUUAUAUACUUUAUGAGGGUAUUAAGAGUCCUUCUUUGGCAAGUUACUAAAUAAACUCAACAAUAUAUAUAAAUUCUCUUUAUUAACAAUCAUUUCUUCUUAUUAUUAAUUAGCAUUUUCAUUUUAUUAUUACUCAUUUUCAUUUAAAUUAAUAAUUUUCUCAAAAUUUUUGUUAUUUAAAUUAAUUAUAUAUAUAUUCUUCUUUUUUUAAUCAUAAUCUUUAAAUAUUGUAUUAAUUUCAAUUUGCUUUUUUUUUUUUUUAAUUAUAACUUUUUUCCUAUUUUUCAUUCUGCUAAUUAAACUAUUAAUAUAAGAUUAUUAUUAUUAUCAUUAAAUUUGUUUUAAUACAAUAUAUUAAUUACAUUUAGGCGCCUACACACUUGUUUUUAUUUGUGUAGAUAAGUUUAUUAAUUUUUUAUUAUUUUUUUUCCCUUUAUCAAUAUUCUUAUAAUUAAAUUUUAAUUAUUAUUUAACAUUCUUUAUAAUGA